AUCUGAUUGUAUCUGGUUCGUGGGAUCAAACGGUUCGGACAUGGGACGUUCGCGAUAAAGACUCACAAACCGGAGUAUAUAAAAUGGAAAAUUCUGCCAAAGUUUUUGCGAUAUCUCUGGUCUCUUAUAGAUUAGUAGUUGCCACAGCCUCAAGACAAUUUUAUAUUUAUGAUAUAAGAAACAUGUCUGAAAUCCUUCAGACUGUCGAGUUUUUUGAUCCAUCACCUGAAGUACAAGCGCGUGCUGAUGGUGUCGUGAAUAUUUGGGAUGGAUUCAAUAAAAAACGUCUUCGACAGUAUCCGCAAUACCCAACUAGCAUUGCCAGCUUGGAUUUUAAUAAGGAUGGUCAGUAUUUGGCAAUUGCGAGUAGUUACACAUUUGAAGAGGGUGAAAAAGAUCAUCCACCGGAUUCUGUUUUUAUAAGGCACAUUAGUGAGAAUGAAU